AUGGCUACGUCUCUCGGAGACCGCAGUUUAAGCCCGGAGGAGGCAGAAGUCGCGGCGGUUGGGGGAAUCCGUCUGCAGCAAAUUAGAGGAUGGCUAAAGCCGAAUCAUGACGUACCCGACGACGCAGAACUGGAACAGGUCGUUGACAGCAGUUUCUUUGAGAAAAACCCAGAGUAUGACGAAGCUUUCGAUCAGUUUGCCGCUACUCUUAACCAACCACAACUAGCCGGAUUCGAAGAUGAUGAGGCUGUGUGGGGAACGGAAGAAUGGAAAGCCCUCAAGCCCCCUCAGGGCCAGUCAGCCCAGGACAAUGUCAAGGCAUUCAUGGACAAGAACGGGGCCGCAGUAGGCUGGGAAGGCAACUUUCCCUCAAGUUUUCCCGUCAAAGAUUCUGAAAGCCCCGGGGGCGAGCCUGGCGAUGAAACACCCAAGAAUGAGCCCUGCAAGAGAGACGGACUACUUUGCGUGGGAAAGAGUGGUCCCAACACCGACAAGGAGCCCAACAAGAGUCGGCCGGGAAGUUCCAACGACGACGGAAUUGCCAAGAGUGAGCCGGAGCGUGUUCUCCCUCCAGCCGAAGAGGAGAUUCCAAAGAUAUUGCCGGAACCUCCAGCCGAGGUGUUGCACCCCAAUUUUAUUAGAGUUGCCAGCUACCUGCAAGCAGCACAGAUGCUAACCAGCGUCGCGCAUUCCGCCAUUGACCAUAUUAAUAAUAGCUCUCUUGGGUCCGACAUUGAGCACCACAACUGGGCUGCAGUCCUUAAGGACAGCGGAUCUAUUCUUCACCAAGUUUCAACCGAUAACGUUCCAGGUCUCCACGACAUAGAAAAGGACGUGGCUAAGAUGAAGAGCGAUUUGCAGUCCAUUGACAUGGAUAGGCCGCUAGAAGCUGUGACUAAAAUUCACAGCAUCUUAAGCGAGCACACGGCCAAUGUUGAGCUUAUUAUUGUGGAAAACUAUGUUCCAGGACUGCCAGAGAUUAGAUCAAAUUUCAAUGGGACAUGGGAUGAGGUGAAACACGUGCUCGAAAAGGACGAAAGCUCGGUAUUAAAGGCAGAAGAAAUUGCCCUUUCCAUCAGCAAACGAACACUCUCAACCAUCAACGACGUUCUUCGCGGUUGGUUUCCCUUCUAUAAAGAGAGCCAAGACACUACAAGAGAGCAUAUAAACAAGGUCCACGAAGAUUUUGUUAAAUACAAGAACAACAAAGAGAGCCUUGGGACGCUUAUCAAGGACGGUAUUACAUGGCCCGUAACACAUUUCAGAGAUGCCCUGCAUAAAGUGGCGCAGAACUACAUUCCUUGGUUCAAACCGGUAGAGGAUAAAUUACAUUUACGGGGCAGGUCGCAGCCUCGCAAUACGCUACCGCCCAACGUCGGCGACGACAAGAACGAAAAAGGCGAGCAGGAACCUUUUAAAUUUCAACAACAGGAGUGGAACAAGUACAUCCGCCAACGGAAUGCAUCCGACUGGAGCAAGACUGAUGAGUGCAUCGGCGCCAAGGCGCAGGCCCGGCAAGGAGACGUGGCAAAAGUAGGGACAUGGCAAACGCAAACGAACGAGUUGACACGCGCCUGUUAUGCUGAGCAGUUUAACGAAUGGAAGGCUGCAAAAGAUCCGUUUCAGGUUCACCAAGAUGAGUGGGAAAGCUUUAUCAGUAGUGGCCUGGACUUGGGAAAUUCUACCACGUGCGUUGAGGACAAAGCACAGAACUGGAAAGGAGAUGCGGCGAAGGAAGAGGAAUGGAAUAAGCACAUGAGUGCACUUCUACGAGAGUGCUAUACGGAGCAGUUCAAGGAUUGGACCAAGGGUCGUCGCCCCCUCGCGACUAUGGUCAGACGCUACCGUUAUAACUUGUAG